AUGCCGCAGAAUGUUUCCGCUCAGAUCAUUACGCAGGCCACUGCUGUCAUCACUGGCUCCUUUCUCUCAGGCCUCAUGAUGGGACUUUCUGUCGUUGACAUCCCUGUUGUGCUCAGCACUGCUACUCAAUCCUCGCAUUUACUGCAACAUUUCAUGCGCCUUUACGACAUUGGACACAAAAUGAUGCCCAGCUUGGCUAUCACAACCUGUCUUCUCUACGGUUAUACUGCGAGCAGUACGCGAGCUGCGGGUCGGUCGGGACUACCUCUUAUCAUUGCUGCAGUGACAACGAUCUCGAUGGUGCCUUUUACGUGGCUUAUCAUGGCCCCGACCAACAAUGCUCUCUUUCGAAUGCAUGCCGAUCCCGCUGCAGCCGACCUCGGUGAGGUUCGGCGGCUGCUUGUCCGAUGGGCACAGCUGCAUGCAGUGCGUUCAUUAUUUCCGUUGGCAGGGGCAGUCCUGGGUUUCAGACAGGUUCUCAAACAAGUAGGCAUCAGUCACGAAGGUUAA